GAACAGAGAGCUCAUGCGUGCUAGCUAAGCUCCGGAUUACACCCACCCGCCGUGGAUUGCGAAUUGCUACUACCUAACGAUCAAUCGAUCUGUCCAAAUGCUAGCUAGUUGUUGCAAAUUUUGCUAGCUUAGCUAGAGCUACUACUACAUGUAUAUAUAUGCAAGCUCAUCUGCACCUAAUUAAUCUCAUCACCAUCGAAUCAUCAGCAUACACACGAUGGCGUCCCAACGCCGGCGAUCAUCUGCCACCGCCGUCCUCCUCUCCUUGCUACUGCUCCUCCAGUUGGCCGCCGCCUAUCCUCAAGGAAAGAGGCAGAACGUCGCCGUCUUCUGGGGCCGCAACAAGGCCGAGGGCUCGCUCCGGCAAACCUGCGACACCGGCGACUACAACAUCGUCAUCAUCUCCUUCCUCAGCGUCUUCGGCCACGGCAAAUACUGGCUCGACCUCUCCGGCCACGACCUUCGCGACGUCGGCGCCGACAUCCGCCACUGCCAGUCCAAGGGCGUCUACAUGCUCCUCUCCAUCGGCGGCGACGGCUACCAAUACUCCCUCCCUUCCUCCAAGUCCGCCGCCGACGUCGCCGAAAACCUCUACUACUCCGUCCUCGGCGGCGACCGCCCCGGCGCCUUCCACCCCUUCGGCGACGACACCAUCGUCAACGGCGUCGACUUCUUCAUCGACAACGGCCCAGCCGACCACUACGACGACCUCGCCAACCGCAUCAACGACUACAACCAGAACAUCCGCGACCCCAUCGGCAUCAUGCUCACGGCGACGGUGAGGUGCUCCUACCCUGACCCGAGGAUGAAGGCGGCGCUGGACACCAAGCUGUUCCGGCGCAUCCACGUUCGCUUCUACGACGACCCGAGCUGCUCCUAUAACCACGCCGGGCUCGCCGGCGUCAUGGCGCAGUGGAACAAGUGGUCGGCGACGUACCCCGACGGGCAGAUCUUCCUGGGGGUCGUCGCGGCCAACUUGACGGGGAAGAACGACAUGGUCGCCGUCGGCGAGCUCCGCGACAAGCUGCUGCCGGCGGUGCAGAACACGGAUACGUACGGAGGAGUGAUGCUCUGGAACAGCUACUACGACUCGCUCACUCACUACGGCCGAUACGUCAAGGACUUGGCUUGAUAUAAUUAAUUAAACUCAAAUCAACCAAUAAUUACUUGAGCCCGUGCAUGCAUGCAUGCAGCUCAAUCACUAUCUCAGUAAUUACGGCGUCAUGUGUUUGAUAUAGGAAAGUAAUCCCUACGUAGGCCAUUCUCAACCCAAUGACUAAGAUGGUGUCUAUAGCAUUAAAUAAGGUGCCACCUAGAAUGAAAAAUGAUGUGACAAGUAAAUAAAUGAGGAAAGAGAAGGAAAUCAUGUCUUGCAUGAGACAUGGUUUCUACACAACAUCCAAGACAUCAUGUGAGAUAAUGAGUAUUAAAUUUAAGUAUGGAAUAGUAGUGUUUGCAUUGGAAGAGUGGCGUCUAGUACUAGUUUCUUGAUGAUGUGGAGUUUAUGAAAAUCAUGUUUUGGGUUGGGAUGUUGUUUUUCUUUUGACCUAGCUUGCUAGCGAAAGCUAGUGUUAAUUACAUUUUUAAUUUGUCAUAAAUGCAUGUGUGAUCGAUGUGUCCUUAAUUA